UCUCGUUCCACCCGGACACGUCCUGACUCCUGAGCGCUCGCGCUGAUGUACCCGUGCGAGCAAGACCGCACGGCGGCGGCACGCACCGCGCUCACCAACGCGGGCUACGAGCGGUGCGCCGUGCCCCGCUCGCUCCAGCUCUCGUCUCGCCAUCAGCCCGGCAAACAAGCAGUACCCCCGCCGGCGGCCGCCGUGCCGCCGCGGCGCGCCAGGUGCAAGAAGCACGGGGCGUCGUCGUCGCGCCGGUCCUCCACCACCGUGGUGGCCACUGACGUCAACAACUUCCGGGCCAUGGUGCAGGAGCUCACCGGCUUCCCGGCUCCAGCCAUCCUCCGCCCGCUGCCGCGCAGGGUGCACGCGGCCAGCCCCUUCGCCGCCGCCGGCGGCGCGGGGCAUGGUUGCUCUGGUAGCGAACGGCAUGGGCAUCGCGGUGCCGGCAGCAGCAGCCCCGACGCUCCGGCGCCGCUGCCUGCGAUGGCGCCGCCGCCGCUGGGCUUGUUCGACGGGCUGAUAGCGGACCUCGGGUCGCCGGAGUUCGACACCUCCUGGGGAGAUCUGUCCAUGGAGUAAGCACUCGUUGGGUCCUCUUCGGCCGGCUAGGUUAAUUGGAUUGUUCAAGGAUGGUAACCUGGUUGGUAAUUAAUUUCCUCGCGCCUCAUGUGCUCGGCGCAUCUUGUUCUGUGCUGACCAUGUGUAACACGAUGGCAAGCUGGCAGUGCUUGUUGUUUUCUAAAGAUAUGAGUUAAUCAUGCUCAUGCAAGCAAAUCGUACUCCCGAUUGGGUCAGUUGACUUUUGUAAUAAUUGCAUAAUGCCUUCUUAGACAAUGGAAAGAGUUACGGCCUUA